AUGAGCCAGUUCAGCUUCGGGGCGGCCGCGCCCGGCGGCGCCUUCGGCCUGGGCGCGCCCCGAGCCGCCGCCACCACCGCGCCCACCGCCGGCUUCUCCUUCUCCGCGCCCGCCCCCGCCUCCGCCGGCUUCAGCUUCGGCGGCGCCGCGCCGGCGGCGGGCGGCGGCCAGCCCGCCGGGCUCUUCUCCUUCAGCAGGUCGGGCACGGCCGCGCAGCCCUCCGGCUUCAGCUUCGGCGCGGCCGGCGCGGCCCCGGCGGCCCCGGCGGCCGCCGCCUUCCCGCUGGGGGCAAACACACCAAAAGUGAACUUUGCAGCCAGCACCACCACUCCAGCCCCUGGGAUCACGGGGGGCUUUUCUUUUGGUGCCCCCGUCGCAAGCAGCACGCCCUCGAGUCAGGCAGCAGCCCCGUCUGGCUUUGCCUUUGGCUCUGCUGGCAGCAGCAGCAGCAGCACGGCUCCGUCUGGGACAACAGGAGGCUUCACCUUCUCCAGUGGCAGCACGACUCAGGCGGGAACAGCCGGCUUCAGCAUCGGCACCGCGGCUCCGCAGGCAACGUCCGCAGGGCUGAGCUUCGGCACGGCCCCUGCGGCUGCUGCCAGCACCAGCACGGCCACCCUGGCAGCUGCCACCCCGGCAGCAGCACCCUUCAGCCUCGGGGGGCAGCCCACAGGUCUGACCUUUGGGGCACCGCCUUCAACAGCAGCCACCAGUACAACCACGGCAACGCUGGCCACAAGCACCAGCCAGGCACCCACCCUGUCCUUUGGAGCCAAGCUUGGAGUCACAUCCACAGCUGCCACCACGGCCUCCACCACCAGCACCACCUCAGUGCUGGGCUCCACGGGGCCCUCCUUGUUUGCAUCUGUGGCAACUUCUUCAGCCCCAGCCUCCUCCAGCACCACGGGCCUCUCACUGGGGGCCACUUCCACUGGUUCCACUGGGACAGCCGGUCUGGGGACACUUGGCUUUGGAUUAAAAGUUCCUGCAACCACAGCUGCCACAACCAGCACUGCCACUGGGACUACUUCUGCUUCCACCUUUCCUUUGAAUCUGAAGCCAUUGACCACCACUGGUGCCAUUGGAGCUGUGACCUCCACAGCUGCCAUAACCACAACCAGCACACCCAGUGCCCCCCCAGUGAUGACUUAUGCCCAGCUGGAGAGUUUGAUCAACAAGUGGAGCCUGGAACUGGAAGACCAAGAGAAGCACUUCCUCCAUCAAGCUACACAAGUCAACGCCUGGGACCGCAUGCUGAUAGAGAACGGAGAGAAGAUCACUUCCUUACACAGAGAAGUAGAGAAGGUGAAGGUUGACCAGAAGAGACUGGAUCAGGAACUGGACUUCAUUCUGUCCCAGCAGAAAGAGCUGGAGGACUUGCUGUCCCCUCUGGAGGAGUCUGUGAAGGAGCAGAGCGGGACCAUCUACCUGCAGCACGCCGACGAGGAGCGGGAGAGGACCUACAAACUGGCUGAGAACAUCGAUGCUCAGCUGAAGCGCAUGGCACAAGAUCUGAAGGACAUCAUUGAUCACUUGAAUACUUCAGGAGGCCCAGCAGACACGAGUGACCCGCUUCAGCAGAUCUGUAAAAUUUUGAAUGCACACAUGGAUUCCCUGCAGUGGAUUGACCAGAACUCAGGUGAGAUUUGUCCUGCAGCCUUUUGGCAAUGUGAAUGGGAAGCAGGAGCAAGUGUGUGAGUGUUCAUCCCUGAAUUCCUGAAGAUGCCUGAGGAAUCCUCCUCCUCACCUUCAGUGGCACUGUCCCUUCUGACAUCUGCUUGAAUUCUCCUGCUGUGCCUGAUUCGAGGCCUCUGCUGGGAAGUUACUCCUGACAACUGGUAUUUUUUACCCAAAAAGCCCUGCUUGAAAUGCGUCAGUGCAAAGCAGAGAACUUGAAAACCUUAUUCAUUCUGUGAAAAUAAUGUUAAAUAGUUCAACUUCUAAAAGAGUGUGUGGUUUGCCUGUGGUGCAGGAAAGUUGGUGAGGGAAUGUGUGUGUGUUGAGUGCUACCAUCCCUCCCAGUCUGAAAAGAGGAUGCCACAUCCUGUGAUUUUGAAGAUGGAAGAUGGAGCAGCCUGCCUUGAUCUGCAGGUGGGGUGACUGGAGGAAUAAGAUGGGAAUUUCACAGCCUCAAAAGCUUGAGAUCCAGUGCACAGAGAUGCACUUAGGAGUGAACACUUGACAGUGGAGUCAUACUAAAACAAAACAGAAAAAAAGGAACUUUUCUACCUGGGAGAGUGCCUCCUGGUGAGGGAUUCUGGAAUUCUGUGCCGUUUGGAUUUUACCUGGUAGCAGCCACACGGGGGCACGGCAGAAUAAAGCAGCUCUCCUCUCAGGGCCCCAGAGUGCACUGCCUGGCUACAGCUGUGCAAUGCUCACACCUGGUGUAACAACCUGUGUGAAAGCAGGCCUGCUGUUCUCCAUGUUGGCUUAGGUCAGGGUCUGAUUAGGUGUUUUCUUUCACUUCUGCUAAGCUCCACGUUCUAAACAUGCCCUUUUCAGGAAAUCUGGUACAGCUCCUGUGCAACCUGAAUUCUUUACAGAAUGUGUGUGAAAAUAGCUAUCUGUUUGCUUUAAACUUUCCUAGAAAGGAGACACGUUUAUUCCUCUGCCAUUCAGUAAUGAAAACGUUGUCGAAUUGGUAGUUCUUUGGGUUGUGUUUUCCUCCUGCUUUGUCCACUGUCAAAUCUGAGUGACUGUCAGCAAGGAAAUAUUUUUCUUUUUGCAGGCAAAACUGUGCAGGGUUUGCAGUUUUGUCAGUCUCUGUGUCAGUCUCUGGGGUGACUGGGACAUUAAUGCCUCGUUUCUGCCACAGCUGUGCUGCAGAGAAAGGUGGAAGAGGUGACCAAGGUUUGUGAGAGUCGCCGCAAGGAGCAGGAGCGCAGCUUUCGGAUCACCUUUGAUUGAGACACUCCCACGUUCAAAGGAUGAACAUAAAACCUCCACAGAAAACAGAGGUGUUUGGGAGCUGAGGACUGAAAUGAUGACCUGGCUUGGUUUCUUUUUUUUUUACAAUAAAUGUGCUGUUUGUUCAAAGCCA